UCAGGUAAGACCGUGGUGUUCUGUGUCUGACGUGUCGCAUUCGGCUGUUAUUUGGAGAAACACGGUGCUUGUUGGUUGCUAAUAUUUCCACCACCGGGCAGGUUUACAGACUGUGAGGCACAACGAUGGCAGACCCGAGCAAACAGGACAUUUCAGCCAUUUUUAAGCGACUUCGCUCCAUUCCGACGAACAAGGUUUGCUUUGACUGUGCGGCUAAAAACCCCAGCUGGGCCAGCAUCACCUACGGAGUGUUCCUCUGUAUAGACUGCUCUGGGACUCACAGGUCUCUGGGUGUUCAUCUGUCCUUCAUAAGGUCCACUGAACUGGAUUUUAACUGGUCCUGGUUCCAGCUAAGAUGUAUGCAAGUAGGAGGCAACGCUAGUGCAAUUGCAUUCUUCAACCAGCACGGCUGCACGUCCAGCGCCGCCAAUACCAAGUAUAACUGCCGAGCCGCGCAGCUGUACCGAGAAAAGAUCAAAACGUUAGCCACGCAAGCUACCAGACGCCACGGCACAGAGCUGUGGCUGGACAGCCAAGCUCCUCUGUCUCCAACAUCACCGGAUGACAAGCAGGUGGAUUUCUUCGCUCUUCAUUCACAGACGGUCCCCGAUAACCUGAACUUGGACAAAAUGACUCUCAGCUCCUCAACUCCAAAGAAACCUUCAACUGUGGAAAAAGAUGAAGACCAAAAUGGUAAUGAAGAAAAGGGUCCCAGUGUGGAAAUGUUGAGUGUUUCUCCAAAAGCAAAUCCAGCAGAAGCCUCCUCUUUGCUCAAGAAGAAGCCAGCAGGCACCAAAAAAACAUUGGCAGCUAAGAAGGGCGGUCUGGGCGCUCAGAAGGUCAGCAGUCAGAGUUUCUCCGAGCUGGAGAAGAAGGCUCAGGCUGCAGACAAACGCAGAGAGAAGGAAGAGAGCUCCACCUCUGCCAAGAAGGAGGUCGCCUCUGAGGAGUCCAUAGCUCCGUCUCUUCGACUGGCCUAUAAGGAGUUUGAGCAGCAGAGGAAGCUCGAAGACCAAAAGCUGAAGGGAUUGGAGGGCAAGAAGAAGGAGCAAGCAGACCGACUGGGCAUGGGUCUGGGCAUGAGGAGCGGCGUUUCUCACUCGGUUACAUCUGAGAUGCACAUCAUCCAGCAGGAGAGUCCGCUUGGAGCCAAAACGACCAAAGUACGAAGAUUUACUGAAGACGACGACGAUGAAGGCUCCUUCAGUUCAAGGUCUGUCUCCCGGUUUGAGGACCAAUCAGACUCUUUCUCUUCACGCUGGGCUGAUGGAAGUGAUGGUGGAGGCUGGAUGAAGGAGAGCAAGACGCCGGAGCCGGACUUCUUCAUGACCUCCACCAUAACCUCAUUUGACGACAGGGCUGUUUCUAGGAAGAAAUCAGAGUCUGUGCCAGCCUCCGAUUCCGAAGAAGCCCGUAGGAAGUUUGGGAAUGAUGUCAAAGCCAUCUCAUCUGACAUGUACUUCGGGAAGCAAGACGACUCUGAGUACGAAGCCAAAACUCGUCUGGAGAGGUUUUCAGGAAGCGCCUCUAUAAGUUCAGCAGAUUUGUUUGAUGAUCCAAAGAAGCAGACGGGAAGUUCGUACCGUCUGACCAACAUGCUGCCCAACGCUCCCGACAUGUCACAGCUCAAAAUGGGAGUGCGGUCAGUCGCAGGAAAGCUGUCCGUAAUGGCGAGCGGCGUGGUUAACUCCAUACAGUGCUGAAAUCUAAAAGAGAACACCGCUCAGCACCCAAACUGCAACCAGAAAUGUCCAGUGAAGAGUCCAAGUUUGAGAAAUGCAAAACAAAUUCACAGAAAAUAAAAAUGUCCUUCAUUUGGAAUUUGUCUGUUCAUGGUUUACUUUAAAAAAAAAAAGUAUGUUUGAUGUAUUUAUGAAUAUGGGUCUCCAUUAGUGUUUUGGAAAUAAAGUGAAGCAUUUUCUACCAAA